GUGAGAAGUAAGAUCUCAAUGGCGUUGGUGGGGGGGUUGUAUGGGGAAUAACCAAGGGGGCGACGUGCACGGUAGGAAUUAGGUGCAGGGCAAGAUGGCUUGCAGGGCAAGAAUCGAAGGGAGCAAGAAGACGUUCGGAGAACAUUCCUAAAAUUUUAUGCAGGUGUCACCACUUCUUUCCAAUCCUUCCUAAAUAAAACGGGAACCAGGCCCACCAUUUAAUCUGCCAUCGAAAAUUACAAAGGGAGAGAAGAAACAAUUUACUCAAGGCUUAAAACGUGACAGAUUGUGUCUUGCUACUUCUAAGAUGAGCCGGUUCUUGAAUGUACUUCGUAGUUGGCUAGUUAUGGUGUCCAUAAUUGCUUUGGGGAACACAGUGCAAAGCUUCAGAGACCACAGCUUCCUUUCUGAGAAAUUGUAUACAGGCAAGCCAGGUCUUGUAAAUGGUCUCCAAGCUCGAACCUUUGGCAUUUGGACCUUGUUGUCUUCUGUGAUCCGCUGCUAUUGUGCCAUAGAUAUCCGCAACAAGACCCUCUAUAACAUCACACUUUUGACCUUCUUCAUUGCCCUGGGCCACUUCCUCUCUGAGGUGUUUAUUUAUGGCACAGCAGCUGCAACGAUUGGUGUCCUGGCACCCUUAAUGGUGGCAAGUUUCUCCAUCCUGGGGAUGCUGAUUGGGCUACAGUACCUGGAGGUAGAAACCACAUUACAUAACAAGAAGCGGAAUUGAUAUUACAGCAUCUAUCUUCCAAUCUGCCCACCAGUCAUCUUCCAGUGUCUACCAUAUUGUUUUCCUGAUCUUCUUUUUCGAGCCUGUACUGUACAGGGCAGUCAGAACAUUCUUAGAUUUCCCUAUUGGUUAUUUUAGUUCCCAUUUGAUUUUGACAUGAGCAGAUAACGGCAGAAAAAUAGUUUUGAGCAGUUCCUCCAAACUGGGUAUGGGAAGCAGUAUCUUAAAGCAUCAUGAGAUGUAGUAGAAAACCCAAGUGAAGUUGUGCCAGGUGAAGGUUAUAAGUCCCCUCUCGACAUUCUGAUGGCAAAUGAUAGAAAAAGAAGUGUUGUCUAAAAUUUGCUGAAAGGGGGGGCACGUAAUGUCUCCAUGGCACUUGGCAUAGUUGUCCAUAAGUAUGGCUUGCCAUAAAUAAGAGGGAAUUGUGAAAACUUGUGAGGAAAAAGUAUCUCAUGUCUGAGCUAAAUCCAAAGUACCUUAUAAAUUCUUCUUUUUGAAGAUAAAAGAGCAAAGCUUGGUCCUCUUUUUACUUUAAGAGGCUACUUGUUUAGGUAAAUGCUUUCUUCCAUCUUCCAGUUCCUGUUUCCAUUUCUCUGAAAAUAGCACAAUUCAUUUAAUUGCUAUUCUUUUCCAAACAUAUAUGAGAACUGGAACAGUCUAGGCAAAGCAAGUGCAUAACAAGCCAAUAUUCUUGCCAGAGCAGGGGGAUGAAUUAGAUUCAAGGACCUGUUAUUCUGUUAUUUAUUUCAAAAUAAAGCUGACAACCCUUGUAAAAAAGGGGCUGCCAAAGCCAUAGAACAAAUAAGUAAAUUUCUGCUUCUGUAAGAAGCAAAAAUUGUGACUUUUCAAUGUGCUGCUAUUGUUAUACAAAGUAUCUAGUUCUAUCCUUCCAAAAUUGAAUGGACGUUAGUAAUGAAAUGGAUUUUCCUUCUCUUCAUAUUUCUUCCCAUAUAGCCACCAAAUUUUAUUACCUGUUUUUAUUCUAAUUUUUAAAUUGAUGAUUUUAAUAGUUUUUAUAUAAUGUUAUGAAUAUGUAUGCCACCCAGAGUAAUUGUGUGAGAUGGACAGCUG